GGUUGGGGAGAUCAUCUUUCAGGGUGCUGUGCCUGGACUUUCAGUGCUGGGAAUGAGACCCAAGCCCGCAUGGGCUCUUCUGCUCUUGAGACCCUCUGAUGGUGACCGGGUUGCCAGGGGGAAGUUCUUGUGGCCCGGGUCUGUUCCUGGGACUUCUGCUUCUUGGUUGGCAUCUCUGUAGCAGGUUCGAGGAGCAGAGUGAUGUCUCUGGUUUUGGUCCUCUGCCUCAGCCACCUGGAGGAGCCCCCACGGCAGAGAAAUGGGAGGGCAGUGUGGGGUCAAGGCCAGCACCAGCUGCCUUAGGCCGGACCAGGUGGUCAGAUGGUGGUAAAGGGUAGGGGGGUGGUGACAGUGACGAAGGUGGCAUCCUGGGACUGAAUUGUGCCCAGAAACCUCAGAAUCCAUGGCUGUUCUGGGCUCCCUUUCCCCAGACGCACAUUCUGUCUGGUAGAUGGAGGGGAACCGUGCAGGGAGGAAAAUAGGAACAGAGAAUGAGGGAAGGUAGCGCAGCUCUCACGGCACAUCCAGCCUGACAUAGCUCCCCUUUUGGGGGCCGGGGUGGGUCCUCCUCACCCAAGUGGACAACCCCCCGAUGGUACCUGCCAGAACGCACCUGAACUCAGGCUACUCCCUUCUGCCGCCUCCCCCUUGAAAUGAGUACAGAUCGGAUGUUCUCUCAAGCUGAGACCCUGUGUGCACAACCCUCAGGGCCGGUGACAGCGGACAGGGGAAGAUGGCAGGGAAGGCUUGGGGGACAUGACCCCAAGAAGAGCGGGAACAGGACAAGAGGGAGGAGACUCUAAAUUAUCCAUCAGCACAGGCCGGCCAGUGGCCCGAUGCAUAAAUGUAUAGAGAAAAUAAGUGGGGGCGGAGGGGGAUAGAGAAGGGACCAGGGUAUAAAAAGGGCCCGCAAGGGACUGAUUCCAGGAUCCCAGCACCCGGCUCCCCAAACCGCUCAGGGUCCUGUGGACGGCUCAUCCCCAGCUGUGAUGGCUGCAGGCCCUCGGAACUCUGUGCUCCUGGCGUUUGCCCUGCUCUGCCUGCCCUGGCCCCAGGAGGUGGGCGCCUUCCCAGCCAUGCCCUUGUCCAGUCUGUUUGCCAACGCCGUGCUCCGGGCCCAGCACCUGCACCAGCUGGCCGCCGACACCUACAAAGAGUUUGAGCGGGCGUACAUCCCGGAGGGACAGAGGUAUUCCAUCCAGAACGCGCAGGCUGCCUUCUGCUUCUCGGAGACCAUCCCGGCCCCCACGGGCAAGGAUGAGGCCCAGCAGAGAUCCGACGUAGAGCUGCUCCGCUUCUCCCUGCUGCUCAUCCAGUCAUGGCUCGGGCCCGUGCAAUUCCUCAGCAGGGUCUUCACCAACAGCCUGGUGUUCGGCACCUCGGACCGGGUCUACGAGAAGCUCAAGGACCUGGAGGAAGGCAUCCAAGCCCUGAUGCGGGAGCUGGAAGAUGGCAGCCCCCGGGCCGGGCAGAUCCUGAAGCAAACCUACGACAAGUUUGACACAAACUUACGCAGUGACGACGCGCUGCUCAAGAACUAUGGGCUCCUGUCCUGCUUCAAGAAGGACCUGCACAAGGCUGAGACGUACUUGCGGGUCAUGAAGUGUCGCCGCUUCGUGGAAAGCAGCUGUGCCUUCUAGUUGCUGGGCAUCUCGGUUGCCCCCUCCCCAGCGCCUCCCCUGACCCUGGAAAGUGCCACUCCAGUGCUCACUGUGCUUUCCUAAUAAAAUUAGUUGCAUCGUA